UCCUGUCUGUCAUCGCGAUGAAGAUGAUGAUGAUGAUGCUGUUCGGCGGACGCAGGACACACGGGCACGCGUAUGCCAGCUAAACGCUUGAAUCGAUCGUGACAUGGUCGGAUAAAGCAACUGUACAUUCGCCGAAAUAACGGGGGAUUGAAAACUGGUCUUUCACGCCAAAGCCGGGGCAGAUGCUUGUUUAAGUCUCGCUUUGAGAGAUGUGUAUUGAUCUUCCUUAAAGAUGUCGUCAUCCUAUAUGUUCAUGGGUCGCUUGGUUGAAGGGCAGAGAUGUGGAUGUGAAGGAGUCCGUUCAUUCUCCUCAUUAUUAUAACGCCUCGUCUGCUGGAUAGUGCUAUAAGAAUGGAGAAUACGGGGUCUCAGGUGGUUUCUCUGGAGCGGCAGGUGGAGAGUGUGGAGCGGAGCAUUGUGUUCCUCCGGCAGGAGCAGCUCACUCUGCUGCAUGGACUUCACCUGGAGAUCCUCUCUCUUCAGAAACGCUGCACAGAACUCACACAAGAACUGAACAUGAAGCCUCCAGGCAGGAGUCAAACAGAGGUGCUGGAGGAGGAGGAGCAGCUGGAGUCCCGCUGUCAUGAAGUGGAGGAGCAUCUGGAGGCGCAGCAGCAGAUCCAGAGUGACCUGCACUGGGAGCUGAGCCAGAAGUCAGUGCUGGUCGGUGCUCUCCGCGCCAGUCUGAAAGAGAAGGAGCGCCGAUUCCUGGAGGAGUUGAAGAACCGCAGUCACAGGACCACAGUACUCAACACGGAGCUGCAGAAGCAGACGGAGGCGGCGGCAUACCUGUCCUUCCAGCUGCACUCAGCCAAGCAGAAACUCCAGCAGCAGCGCAGAAGACCGCCCCAGCUUGGAGCAGACAGACCCCCGGUCCACCCUUCACCUCAAGCUAGCGCCUGCAGCCCGACUGUCAUCAAACCCAAACGUAGGAGCUCCGGCAGAUCCUCCACGCAGCUCCGCGCUGAGCGCGCCCGGGAAUGUGUGCCACGCGAGAGGGUGACGGGCCCUGAAGAGCCAAUGGCCAUGCCUGACCCCGCCCUCUUCUUAUACCCGUACAGACACAGGCUACGCCCACCACAUAGACACACCCUUCAGGAGGUGGAGGUGGAGGAGUCAGAGGAGCUGGAUCAGGGGGCUUCAGUAAGCAGACUGGCAGCAACUGUAGCAAAAGCCACUGCUACUACUGCCUCCACAACAGAGAACAGCGACGAAUGAGCGUUUCUUUUAAAGGUUCGCCUCAAUGAUCUGCUUGUUUUUUGUUAUGAUAGUUGCACCUUGAGUGCUCUUGGGAGAACCUUUGCAUUUUGACAGUGACAGAAAUGUUUAUAUUUGCAGUACGGUUAGCUUUUUUUACAGUUUGCACACACAGGGAUAAAUUGAGCGAGGAGAGAUUUUUGCUUACCAAUACCAAGGCAUGUUUAUGUUGCUGUAAAGCAUUUUUGUAAUCAAAAAUGACCCCGAGGGCCUUGCUACACAAGCAUAAAAUGCUCCAUAAGGCCUGUUUUAUGCAUCCUGCAUUUGUUGCUUGUAGUUUUUCUGCUGGUUAAAUGAACAGAUUACAGCUUCCACACUGAUAUUUAUGCGGUCCACAUUUUAUAUUGAUGUUCUUUUUGUACUAAACAACUGUCUGUUGUUGCUGACGACGCUUCUGGUCAAAGAGCAUUCUGCUAUGCAGGUCUUGCAGGACUGGGUAGUGAUGAAAAAGGAAGUAGCAACAAAUCUUUUCUUCCACACCAUUGGCCCUUUGGUUGUUGGUUGGAUUAUGUGGUCAUUGCGUUGCAUUCGUUUUUUGUUUAGAAAUAACGAGGUGGUGACUUUGCUUGA